UACAAUCAAUUCAAAUAAGUUUAUGGCAACGACCAUAUACAUUGGUAACGGUCAAAUAAAAGUGUUGGUUAAUUCGAGAAAAUUUAUAGAAUUCUAAUGUUUUAUUACUGACAUGUUGUGAAAUAUGAUUUGUAUACUCACGUUUCUUUAUUGAGUGUGUAAUACUGUAUAACUGGAAUUCAGAGUUGUAAUAUUUUGAUACUUUGUUUUGAUGCCGGGUUUGAAAAAUUGUAAUUGAAUUCUGAAUUUAAAGAGUGUUUUGUAGAUGUGAGCCGUCUAGAAGAUCUAGCAGAACAGAAAACCCUGUAGUUUUGAUUACAUUAUGUUAUGAGAAAAUAUUAAAUCGACAUCAGGUUCAUAUUAUUUUAAGAUGAAUGACAACAGCGCGUUCAACUUUAGCUCAAACAUUUCUUACCUUUAUCCGAGGGAGCCUAGUUUGCGGCCUGGCGAACGGCCCGGGCUCAGGCAGUGUUCCCGGCCUCAGAAGCUUCUGUUUCAGUUUGGCGAGGCCAACAAGGAGACUGAAGAUGCCGUUAAAGUAUACUUGAGGAUCAAGCCUAGCGAUGAAGGCAUGGGUAAGCUGUUCAGUGCAAUUGAUGACCGAAAGUUGUUUGUUGACCACUCGAGGGACUCCACCAUAUCUCAUAAAAGUGACCAGGCCAGACGCCACAGUGAACAGUUUGUUUUCACGAAGAUUCUGAGAGAGAGCAUAGACCAGUCGCAGGUAUUCAGGGAGUGUGCCCUGCAGCCCUUGAAGAACUUCAUCCAGGGUGACAACUGCCUAGUGUUCGCGUAUGGCACGACUAAUGCAGGGAAGACUUUCACAAUCCGAGGUGACGCCAGGAAUCCCGGGAUCAUCCCGCGGGCCCUGGAGUACGUGUUCUCGAGCCUGGGGCCGCGGGUGCUGGACGAGCCGAGCCUCAUGCUGGUGCACAGCUCCCACCUGGAGCAGCUCAGCGAGGCCGGCACCACCGUGCUGCUCAACUACAAGCGCCUCAUGCUCGACACCUGCCUGGAGCAGUACAAGCCUUCUGAUCGCAAGUUGACCAGUACCUUGUCUCUGCAUUCAGAUACGUCUUCUGACGUGUCGGCCAUGUUCCAAGACAUGGAGGCCCACAUCCGGCAGGACCUGUUGUCGGACACGAUCCCGUCGAAGCUGGACGAGGAUGCGCAGUACCUCGUGUACGUGUCCUUCGCAGAGAUCUACAACGAGAACAUCUACGACCUUCUGCAGCUGUCGAACCCGCGCCAGGCCUACAGCUGGCGCCGGACGCCUCUGCAGCUGGGGCUGGACUCUUUUGGGAACACCUACAUCAAAGACCUGCAGCACUUCCAGGUAACUUCUGGAUACGAGGCAUACUGCAUAAUGCUGUUCGGGCAGCAUAACCUUCGCAUCGCUGGCACAGAGCUGAACAGCGUUUCCAGUCGGUCGCACUGCAUCUUCGACGUAAAGCUUGUAAAGUGCACAGGCAACUUCAGUCGCCAUAAGAUUAGCACGUUUUCAUUCUGCGAUUUGGCAGGCAGCGAGCGUGCUAAAAAGACUCUUAACUGUGGAGAAAGAAUGAAAGAGUCUCAAAACAUUAACACAUCUCUUUUGGUGCUUGGGAGAUGUCUUACUAGUAUAAGAGCCAACCAGCAGCUGAAAGAGAAGCUGCCAGUUCCGUUCAGGGACUCCAAACUGACCCGGCUGUUCAAAGAGCCACUUCAGAGGAAGGGCUGUGUGUCGAUCAUCGUCAACGUCAACUUGGACCCGUACCUGUAUGACGAGACCAUGAAUGUCCUCAAGUUCUCUGCCAUUGCAAGAGAGGUUGUACUUCCUCGGAAAAAGCCUAGAAAACGUAUGACUUUGUUUGGCCAGCACUUGCAGAAACGCAAACAAUCGAUGAUGGUGGGCAGUACCGAUGGUUCCGUUAUCAGUGCUACAGACAGCAAGGACGCCUCUGCCUGUGGUGCCGAGCCCCUCCUGAAGCUCAUAGAGAAGCUGCAGGAAGAGCUGAGGCGGGAGCAGGCCGGCAGCGCGAAACUGGCGCAGCAGCUGCGCAGCAAGGAGCGCGAGUGCGCCGCGAAGGACCGCGACUUUGCCGUGCGCGAGGACCAGCUGCGCAGCGAGCUGGUGCACGACUUCCAAGACAGCCUCCAGCAGCUGGUCGCACGCGGCGAAGCUACACGGGAAUCUUUGGAGUACCGCAUGGAAGAAAUGGCUGAUUUUCGCAUACGACUGGCAGAAAAGAAAUAUGCUCAAAAGUUGAGCAAACUGCAAAGGCAACUGAAGAAACGAAAGAUUCAGGAUGUUGAAGAUAUAGAGGAGGAGCCCGAGGACGCCCCCGAGGAGCGGCUGCGGGACUGCGAGAAGCGCCUGGCCGGGAUGCAGCAGGAGGCCCUGAGCGUGCGGACUGAGCGGGACGCCCUGCGAGCCACCGUCGCGCUGCAGACCCAGCGGGCCAACGGCCUGCAGGAGCGCGUCAGCCGGCUGGAGCUGCAGCUCGAGGUGGCCACCGUCGCCACCGAGGAUGGAGACGCCUCUGUGCAUGCCACCAUGGUGUCGUGUCUGCGAAAGCAGCUUGAGGAGGUUACCGCACAGAAAUCAGCACUAGAGGAACAGAUCAAGUUGCUGACCGCAACUAUUGACUCUGCAACUGAAGAUCACGAGGAAAUAUUGGAAGAAAAGAACGUCUUGGAGGAAAAAUGCUACUCGCUGGAGAAGAGGUUAGCUGAGAAGGAACUGGAAAAUGAAGACCUGAACAGUAGAUUAGUAAUCUACCAGAAGACCUUUGAUAAACAAACUCAGACAUUGGAACUUCUCAAGAAGCUCGCUGAUGAUCGGUUGGAAGCUCUCGAAGAGAAAGCUGACUACAUCCAUAAACUGGAACUGAGGAUUGAAAAUCUCAGUUCGUCUGAUGAGAAGAUAGGAACAAAUCAAGAGGUUGCUGACCUUAUUGACUUGACGAUUGAGGAAUCCAACGAGAUUGGAGAAAAAACUUUUUUUAAAGAAAAUGAGUUGCUGGUGAAAAUACAGUCUUUGGAGAAAUCACUGGGUGAAAAAGAUAAGGAUUUGAAGAGUUUGCAACAGAACUUGGAAACUAAAAGUUCUGCAGAAUGGAAAUACAAAGAAGAAGCCACAGAACUGAAAAAGAAGUUGGAAAUAUUAAACAAGCAAUACUUGAAUGAGAUAGAAUUCAAGCAUUCAGAAAUAAAGAAACGUUCAGAUGAGCUACAGACAGAAAAUGAAGAACUUAAAGCAUCAUUUGCACAGCAGGAUCUGGAUGUUAGAGAACUGACAAACAGGCUGGUGGAUUACCAGACUGCUUACAGUGAACAAUCUCAGGAGCUAGAACUUCUCCAGAAGCUUGCUGACGACCGCAUGGAAGCUCUGAACGAGAAAGACAAGUAUAUUCAUGAACUUGAAUUGAGAAUAGAAGAACUGAAUGUGGGUCUAGAGAAUGAGAAGUGCUUGCUUCAACAGCUGUCCGAUGACAACAACGACAAGGCUGAGCAGCUGACCCGAGCUGACGAGCUCAGGACCGUUGAAGCAGAAAGCUUGCAAAAAGAAAUCAAGAUGUUGUUGCAGCGCAUCUGUAAAUUGGAGGAGUCUAUAGGCGAGAAAGAUGCUGAUUUGGAAAGAUUACAAAAGAAUUUGAAAGCUGAAAUAUUAACUGAAGUGGAUUUAAAGAAAGAAAUAGAAGCAUUAACAGACCAAAUUGGCAAGCAGAAGAGGGAAUAUCAUCAGGAUGUCACAGUUAAGGAAGCAGUUAUGAAAGAUAGAAUUGAACAACUUCGUAUCGAGAACGCCGAGCUAAGAAAUUCACUUGAACAGCUUGAGCUGGACAUGGCGAAGCAGCGCAGCCAGCACGAGACCUUGUUCAAGUGGUACGAGGACCACCUGAAGCAGAAGGCCGAGGAGAUGGAGCGGUACAAGCGGGACGCCCAGCACUGCCAGGAGCUCUUGUACAAGAACACCCCCACCCCCAACAAGGAGACGCAGGAAUUAAUCAAAGGUCUGCGAAACGAGCUGCAUAAAAAAGACACACAAAUGGAGAAACUAGAACGCCAGGUGGAACAAAUGAAAAUUCGCAAUGUAGGGAACGAAGAAAAAAAGACUAUGUCGCCUGAACAUUUAGCACAAACUCCUUUCAAGGAUCAUUUUGAAGAGAACAUACGACCUUCAAAAUCAACUUCCAGGAAACAAGCUGCGAAAACUCCUAAAACUUCAUCAUCUAAAGUACGAAGUACUUGUAAACCUAUCAGUUUGGAAUCUACAGCAGAUUCACUUCUUGCUAAAGCAAAACAGAAGACAAAGAAACAACUGUUCAAAGUGGACAAUGACAGCUUUGUUGAUGUUGGUGAAGAAGCUUCUGCUUUGCUCUCAAAGGCAAAGGAAACAAAAAAGAAGAUAAAGUCCCCAAACACAAUACUGAAGAGAAGUCUUCGAUCGAAGCCAUAAUGGUUCAUGUGUCAACGUAGGUGGUAUAGAACUAGACAUCACAUCUGCCCCAAGAUGCUUGGAUCUGUCUUAGUUAUAAAAUUUUCUACCUUUUUGUUUGUACUUUGUUUAUUUAAUGGUUUAGUGAUUUAUAGCUAAUGUGAACUAUUGAUGUAAAAAUGUCUCGUGACUUUCUGUGUCAGUCAUCACUUGUGUACAGAAAUAAUAAUUUUUUUACUGCCAAUUAUUUUUUUAUUCAAGUUUUUAACUUCAAUAAAAUGUUAAUAUCUUA